CAAGAAGUGCGACCCCAAAAUGACAAAGUGUCCGAGCAGCGCGCGCGCGUUCUCGCUCGAGCGUUGGUGCUGAAGUGGAGCGCUUCUAAGACCUGCAGCACGCGCCUUUUCCUCAAGAAGCGAGCCAUCUUAUCAAUCUGACAAGAUCUUUCCAUCGCCUUCACACUUCACUUUGCUGAUCGACACUCACUCGCGCAUCACCUCCACCCAUUCGACAGUCGAUCUGCGGGCGUUGACGGCUCACGAUGGCUGUCCUCGAACAGAUCCGCGGUCGCCAGACUGAGCAGCACACUGCGGAGGCCUUUGCAGUCACUGACCAUGUUGGCGGAAAGUCGCCUGUCGAAACAUCUCACUCCAAGGAUGAAAACUCGGACAGCGACGCGUUGAGUCUCGAAGCUCAGAACGACAAGGAGGUUCAGCAACACCCAGAUCAAGUCACUGCCGAUGCCCCCGAAGGUAUUCAGAAGGCAGAAGCUGCCGCCCUUGUCUGGACCAAGCCCGUGCUCUAUGCUACCUUUGCAUGGAUCUGGGUCUGCUUCUUCAUGCUGGCCCUCCAGUCGUCAAUCAUGUCCGUGGCCUCCGUCAACGCAUACGCCAACUUCAGCACCGCUCCCGCCUACACCACCGCUCAGAUCCUCGCAACCAUUAUUGGCGGAGUGCUGAAGCUGCCAAUUGCAAAGCUGCUCAACAUCUGGGGCCGUACUGAAGCCUACCUCGUCUUCUUCGGCGUCUACCUGCUCGGCAUUCUCAUCAUCGCAUCUAGCGAUGGUGUCAACAGCUAUGCCGCCGGUUAUGUCCUGUACUGGAUCGGUUACGAUGCCGUCUACCUCAUCCUCGAUAUUUUCGUGGCUGAUACCACCGGCCUCCGCAACCGAGCAUUCGCAUGGGGUUUUGUGUCGACGCCAUUCAUCUGCACUGCCUUCACUGGACCCCUUGCAGGUCAGGCGUUCUUGGACACUACCACUUGGAGAUGGGCGAUUGGUGCAUUCUGUAUCAUUCAGCCUGUCGUCUUCCUUCCAUUGGCCAUUGUAUUCAAGUUCUACCAGCGCAAAGCUGAGAAGAUGGGUCUGCUGAAGAGGGAGAGCUCUGGUCGCACUGCGAUGCAGUCGUUCAUGCACUACUUCCACGAGUUUGAUAUCGUCGGCUGCGUCCUACUCAUGCUGGCAUUCGUCCUCUUCCUACUCCCAUUCUCCCUCCAGUCCUACGGCCGAGCCUCAUUCACCUCCGCCACCUUCAUCGCCAUGGUCGUAAUCGGCGUCUGCCUCUUCCCAGUCUUCUACGUCUGGGAACGCUACUUCGCUCGCGUCCACUUCGUCCGCUGGGAGCUCAUCCGCGAACCUACCGUUCUCGGAGCCUGCGUCCUCGCCGCCGUCCUCUACUUCAGCUUCUACUCCUGGGACCUCCAAUUCUACAACUACGUCAAAGUCACCUACGCCCUCACCGUCCGAGAUGCAGGCUACAUGGCACAAAUCUAUAACGUAGGUUCGUGCUUCUGGUCUCCUGUCUUUGGUGCUUGGGUUUACUACUCGAAGCGCUUCAAGAAUGCUUGUCUCUUCUUCGGUUUGCCACUCAUGUUCCUCGGAUCUGGUCUCAUGGUUCAUUUCCGUGGAGGCGACUAUGGUAUCGGAUACGUCGUGAUGUGCCAGAUCUUCAUCGCCGUCGCUGGAGGAACUCUCGUCAUUGGCGAAGACAUGGCUGUCAUGACCGCUGCUGACCGCGAAGGUGUGCCAAUGAUGUUAUCUAUCAUCUACCUCGCUUCCAACAUUGGUGGCUCAAUCGGUACUGCUGUCUCCACUGCCAUCUACGGCAAUACUUUCACUGAAGCGCUUUCGCGAGCUUUGCCUGCCAAUCUUCAAGACCAGGUUCAGAAGAUUUAUCUUGGAGGUUAUCUACUCCAGGAGACUUACAACCCGGGCACUGUUGAGCGCACCGCGAUCAAUUAUGCUUGGGGACAAGUGCAGUAUUACAGCUGUAUUUCUGCUGUGUCGGUUCUCGUUCUUGCAAUUCCGGCGAUUGCCAUUUGGAAGAAUUACCGUGUUGAUAAGCAGCAGAAUAAGGGUGUGAUGAUCUGAGCGGAAGUUGAGGCUGGAGGAUCACAGGACGAGGGAAAGAUGUUGGGUAUGGCUUGACUGUGAGCAGGAUGGACUGUUCGAUCAUCUGCGUAUUGCACGGCUGGCUAGCUGUCAGUCUGGAUUGAUUGCAUGCCAGCUUUUCUGAUGUGAGCAUCGAGAGUAUGCAUGAUCAGCAUUGCACAGAGAAAAACAUGUUCAUGGAAAGCAAGCAUGGAGACAAUGCAAGGAGAUUGAUGGUUUCCUUUGACAUCGAAGCAUAAGACUAAUGGCGUUCGUAGCUUUAUACCCCAGGUAUCUGUUUACUUCACUUCAGUACGAUGCCCCAUUUCAAUCGUGCAAGUAAGCGGAGCAGCCAGCAUGGUCAUCCACUCUACGGAAGGCUAGAUGUCGAUUGGUAUCGGAACAUGUCAUGUUGGGUUUUCAUCGUUCUUUAUUGUGGCGC